AUGCCACAUGGGCGUGGCACACGAUUGAUACCCUCCCCCCGGCACCUUGCUACCGCCACCGUUCUCCAGGAAACGCUAUUCUCAUCUCCAGGAGUUAGAGAGCAGAUGCGGGCAGCGACGGUUCCGCCCCCAUGGGGCAUCCGUGACGACCCAGCCAGAGGUGAUUCCUUGGCAGCGACUGCAGGCCCCAUCAACGCGGACGACAUGAUCCACGGACAAACGAAGGGCGAGAAUGGAAAACAGGUUGCGAGGUAA